UCUGCGGCAACUCAGCGCGGCCCGGACCAGGCACCCGGUGCGGGUUCCGAGCGAGACGGAAGGCGGCUCGAGGACUCCUACCCAGAUUCCUCUCCCCGCCCCGCAGCGAGUGCCGUGCUGCAUCUAGUCUAGGAGCUGCCAGAGGUCACUCCACCUAGUAAAACAGGCUUGGGUGGACGCUUCGGUCAUUUAAAAGCGGCUUGGCCAGGUCCCUGCCCGAAGUCGCUGUCCUAAGCAGCGGGGGUCCUGCCAACCAUGGAGUCGGAGUCCGGCUCUUCCGUGUCUUUGAAGGUCUUCAACCUCAACUGCUGGGCUAUUCCCUACAUGAGCAAGCAUCGACAGGUCAGGAUGCAGCAUCUGGGGGACCUACUGAACCAGAAAAACUUUGACUUGGCCCUGUUACAGGAGGUGUGGAGUGAACGGGACUUCGAAUCACUGAGACAGAAACUACUGCCCAACUAUACGUGGGCCCACUAUUUCCGAAGCGGAUUCAUCGGUAGUGGCCUCUGUGUCUUCUCCAAACAUCCAAUUCAGGAAAUCUUCCUACAUACUUUCAGCCUCAAUGGUUAUCCCUACAAGCUACAACACGGCGACUGGUUCUGUGGGAAAGCUGUUGGCAUGGUAGUCCUGGAGAUCUGUGGAAUACUAGUCAAUGUCUACGUCACCCACCUCCAUGCCGAGUACAAUCGAGAACAUGACUCCUACCUUGCCCAUCGUGUGGCCCAGGCCUGGGAACUGGCUCAGUUCAUCCACCAUACUUCCAGAAGGGCCGAUGUGGUUUUGUUGUCUGGGGACCUCAACUCCCACCCGGGGGACAUAGGCUACCGCCUCAUAAGGGAGUGGAUAGGCCUGGAUGAUUCCUACCUUGAGACCCAAGACUUCCAGGGCUGUGAGGAUGGCUGUACAAUGGUGCCCAACAACUGCUUCGUCAGCUCUAAAGAGAUGGAGAGUUUCCCUAGAGGAGUCCGCAUCGACUACAUCCUCUUCAAGGCCAUUUCUGGGUUCCACAUCACCUGUGAUGCCCUCACAACCACGACCGGCAGCGGCCCUAAUGACACGACGGGCCACAGCCUCCCCCUUUCUGACCAUGAGGCCCUCAUGGCUACCCUGUCUAUACGGCCUGCUCCCAUUGAGCACAAACGUAACUUCACACGAGACCCAGAAGCACAGGCCUCGUUGAUGGACGUGCUGCACGAGGCAUGGACAGAGAUGGGGCUGGGCCUGGCCGGAGCCCGCCAGUGGGUCUAUUCCACUGGGCACCUGCUGAGCCUGGGGCUGCUGCUGCUGUUCCUGGGAGUGGGGACCAUGCUGUUCGAGGACAUCCCCUGGGUCGCUGAGGCCCUCUUCAUGGUCCUGGGUGUGAUAGUGCUCAUAGGCUCCGGGGCGCUGUACCUUACGUCUCUCCAUGAAAGUAAAGCCUUGUACGAAGCCCAGGCCGAGAUCGAGCUGGCCAUGGAAAUGGCCAAAGAGGCUCAGCCUGAAGUCGUGGAGCUCUACACCAAUCCUCCCCUUAUCCGCACCUCAGUCAGAUUCAAAGUAAAACAAUAAAGAGUUAUUAUCUGCA